GGCGCGGGCGCGGCCAUGGCGGGCUGCUGCUCGGUGCUGGCGGCCUUCCUCUUCGAGUACGACACGCCGCGCAUCGUGCUCAUCCGCAGCCGCAAAGUGGGGCUCAUGAACCGGACCGUGCAGCUGCUCAUCCUGGCCUACGUCAUCGGGUGGGUGUUUGUGUGGGAAAAGGGCUACCAGGAAGUGGACUCUGUGGUCAGCUCAAUCACCACCAAAGCCAAGGGCGUGACCGUGACCAACACCUCCAAACUAGGAUUCCGGAUCUGGGAUGUGGCCGAUUACGUGAUUCCAGCUCAGGAGGAAAACUCCCUCUUCGUCAUGACCAACAUGAUCAUCACCGUGAACCAGACCCAAGGCUUCUGCCCCGAGGUCCCAGACAAGACCACGGUGUGCACGACAGACGCCGACUGCACUGCGGGCUCUGCGGGCACCCACAGCAGCGGAGUGGCAACAGGAAGGUGCGUGCCCUUCAACGGGACUGUGAAGACCUGCGAGGUGGCGGCCUGGUGCCCGGUGGAGGACGACAGACACGUGCCCAAACCCGCUUUUUUAAAGGCUGCAGAGAACUUCACCCUUCUGGUGAAGAACAACAUCUGGUACCCCAAAUUUAACUUCAGCAAGAGAAACAUCCUCCCCAACAUCACCACCGCCUACCUCAAAUCCUGCGUCUACGACGCUGCGACCGACCCUUUCUGCCCCAUCUUCCGUCUCGGCAAAAUAGUGCAAAGCGCGGGGCACAGCUUCGCGGACAUGGCCGUGGAGGGCGGCAUCAUGGGCAUCCAGAUCAAGUGGAACUGCAACCUGGACAGGGCCGCCUCCCACUGCUUGCCCAGGUACUCCUUCCGCCGCCUGGACACCCGGGACCUGGACCACAACGUGUCCCCCGGCUACAAUUUCAGGUUUGCCAAGUACUACAGCGACCCCACUGGCACCGAGCACCGCACGCUCAUCAAGGCCUACGGCAUCCGCUUCGACAUCAUCGUGUUCGGAAAGGCUGGGAAGUUUAACAUCAUCCCAACCAUGAUCAACGUUGGCUCCGGCCUGGCGCUCUUAGGGGUGGCGACAGUGCUGUGUGACAUCAUAGUCCUCUACUGCAUGAAGAAAAGAUACUACUACCGGGAGAAGAAAUACAAAUACGUGGAAGACUACGAGCAGGGCAUCGGCAGCGAGAUGGACCGGUGAUGCCCGCCCUCGCCGGGGCUCCCCACGGCCCUCACGGAAGCGGAGAGCACAGAGCAAGGAGGAGAGGCUGCCGCGGCACCCCCGAGCGCGUUCCCGAUUCCGAGUCCGCCCCCACUCCACACGCACUCCGAGGCUGCCCAGCUGCUCCCGCGUCAAGGUGUCGGACGUGCAUCGUGAACCUCCCUGCCCUCGGCUGCGCCACCUCUGCUGUCCCUUCAGCUUGCAGCCCUGCGGGCGGGCUGUGGCCCGAAGGCAGUGGUGCCGCUGGGGCGGCGGGGCUGGGGCUUUCUCCAGGGCCGGCCUUCCUCAGUGGCCACCGCCCUCUGCGGCCCCGGCACGGCAGGCCCCGCUGCUCUCUGGGGCGCACGGGGGCACCUGGGUGGGUGUGGCUCACCUGGGCUGCCGCUGCCCCCACCCCCAGACUCUGCCCACGCAGUCACGAGGCAGAGCUCGUGUGUCUCUUUUGAGACGAGGUAUGUGGAGACGAAUGAUCAAGGACUGCACAUUAAAGCAGAGGAUUUUCCUAA